AUGAAGAGUCGACAAGACAAGGAUAAAUGGUCCGACAUCUCGGACAGCAACAUGUCCCUCCCCUGUUGUCACACCAACUCUCAAAUCAAGAUCCCCAGCACUGUGGAGGUGGCCGAGCCAUCGGCGCCGUACCUGAUUCUUAAUGAAAAGUAUGGACUUUUGCCAUUUGAUCACCAAUGACUACAUGAUUACGGCUUUAUAUUAUGUGUUGACUAAUUUUAUGUUAUUUUAGAACUCGUCGGCGAAUGUGCCCAAAGAUCUCCAAGAACCUAGAUGAUACCCUCCUCUCAGUCGGAGAGCCCCUUCGCAAUCGUUGGCUGAUUAAAGGACUGAUCGGAUCUGGGGGAUAUGGGCAGAUCUACUUUGCACAUGAUCAGAGAUCCAAGGAGAAUGUCGCCAUUAAAGCGGAGCCCACUAGGAGAAGAGGGAGGGUGGUCAGAAGGAUGAUUUUGGAACAGAAAGUCCUGGUCCGGCUUCAAGGACAACCUCAUGCACCCAUUAUUUUUGGGUCUGGAUGUGAGAAGCAAGUCAAUUUUAUUGUAAUGCAGCUGUUAUCCACGAAUUUGGGAGAUCUGAGGAAGCAAUGCCCACUGAAGAGACUUUCCAAAUCGACGGCGGGAAGGGUUAUGAUGCAGGCAAGAGCAAGACUUUCUUUCGUCUUAAAGUUCACCAUAAUUUUUUCUAAAUUUUUUUCGAGUUUUAGGAUGAUUUCUUGUGAUGUGAUGACGUCAUUUCUGAUUUAAUGAAGUUUCUUUUUUCAGGCGAUUGCUGCUCUCCGAGAUCUCCACAAUAUCGGGUACAUCCACCGAGACAUCAAGCCGGCCAAUAUUUGUUUCGGAAUCACCGAACAAUCUCGGCAACGUCUCCUCCUUGUCGAUUUUGGCCUCGUUCGUCGCUUCAGAAAUACGGAUGGCCAACUUCGGCCCAGAAGAGAUCGGACGGGCUUCAGAGGGACUUUAAGAUAUGUGUCGAUCAGAGUCCACAAAAGAGAAGAACAAGGGCCGUCCGAUGAUCUGAUGGCUCUUUACUUCUCUCUUCUCGAGAUUAUCCGAGGGGAUUUACCGUGGAAGGAUCUGCAGCGUCAAGCACACAUCAAAAUGGCCAAGGAGCAUUUGGCAAACGAUGACUUUUUGAAGAUUUCGGAGGGAUUUGGAGAGGCGUUGAGAGAGUUUGGAAAGGCUGUGUAUGCCAUGGAAGUUGAUGACACUCCAAAUUAUAGUGCACUGCAGGUAAGACUGUCUUAAUUUAUAAUGUUAUCAAAAGAUAUUUAUUAUAUUAUACUUGAGACCUUUAGGAGAUAAUGAAAGAAUUUUCUGGGAAUGUCCCAAUGACCGACCCCUAUGACUGGGAGAGUGAGUAUGUAGAGGUGGUCAACGAAGAAUACAUCAAUAGAAUGCUCAAACUCAUCUUUUGA